UCUUCCCCUCCCUUGCCUCUCCCUGUACUUUGGACAUCUCUGUCUGUUCCGGGGCCGAGCAGCGGGCAGCGGCAGGCAAUGCAAUGAAGAGAUGCUCGGCGUUGGCCUUGGCGUCCGACUGCUAGGAGCUGCUGCCCCUGCGCAUCCAGUUCCUGCGCCACCAGGCAAAGUCCCCCUUCCACUCUCCUCCCUCCGCCGCCGCUGCUCCAGCUGGUGGUUCUCCAACGGCAACGCCCAUGAAAGAGACAGCGCCACCGCCAGCACGAGCAGCAGGGCGGCGAGGAAGUGGUGGUCCGACCCCGAGCCCAGCAAACAGGAGUACGGCUACUCUUCUCUAGAGGAUGAGGAGGAGGACGAUUACGAGGACGAGGAUGAGCCGGGGUUCCCCGGCUUGGGCGGUGCCGGAGAGCUGUUCGACGAGCCAUGGUUCUCCAAGGUCUUUAAAACGUAUGGGUUCCUGCUACCGGUGAUGCUGGUGUCAAUGCUUGCUGCAACAGGGCCCAAGGCCUUCCUUAUGGCCAUGGCGAUCCCACUUGGCCAGUCAGCCAUAUCGUUUCUCCUCGACGCCAUAUGGGGAAGGAGAAGAAGCAACCGCGAUGACAGGAGGAGACCAUUCCAAGAAGAAGAUGAGGAAGAAGAUGAUUACCCUGAGGAUACCACUGGCUUUGCAUCAGGUGGUCGGGGCAACAGAUACAGCAGCAGCAGCAGCUAUUAUGAGGGGAGGAGGAGGCAGCAAAGAUACCAGUCAUGGGUUUCUAACGAUUUUGCUGAUGCUGCCUCUGGUGCUGCUGCUGACGGUGAUAACAGCACCAAGAGCAGCAGCAGUGAAGGUGGCGAAGGCAACAAAAGCAGUGCCAACUUUGGAGGAUGGGAUGAACUACUAAAUUAUGACAAUGUUACCACCCAGGAGAAGAGCAGCAGCAGCUCAUUCUCAGCUGGUAAUGCUGAUUACAGCAAGAGACAGCGGCCUGCGGUGACUGGGGAGGAAGACACUGAUACUGCUGCUGCCGGCAGGGGAGCAGGACAGGGACUAGGAGCUCCCCCAGCAAGGAUGAGAAUGAGACGACGACGAGGAAUGCCAAGAACAACGGGACUGGGUAGUACCAGGUACAAGCAAGCGCCAAUCUUGAUGCGCUUGUUGGUGGCAGUCUUCCCGUUCCUGGGAUCAUGGUUCAGGCUGCUCUAACAUAUAUCUUGUGUUAUAUAGUUCAUGGUGGUUGGCUAUUCAUGAAUUCAGAGAAACAAAAAUACAAGUGACCCUAUGGCAGGAAGGGAAGGAUUAUAAUUAUGAAAUCUCCUUCAUCUCGUGCAUAGGCAGUCGCAGAAGUUUGGUCGGAAGGAACACAUGAUUCAGUCAGGCAGGAGCCAAAUGAAAUCAGAUGUGAAGCCAUGGAAGGAAGGAAGAAGCAUCGUAAAGAAGAUCGAUGAAUUCAAGCAGUGCACGUGCAGCAUCAGGUCUAUCUGCGGCUGCAUUCUUCAUUGAAAAAAAAGGCAGCAUCAGGUUUCUGCUGCUGCAUUCGUCAUUGAAAAGAAAAAAUUGCAGCAUCAGGUUUGCUGCUGCUGCAUGCACGAAGCUUUGCUUCCUUGUGCCGCUGAUAAAAUAUAGUAUGUAGUUGCGGUGAUUAUGGAACUGAUGGGAGCAAAGCGAGCGAUUUAUGUUUGAUGUGAAGCUGUUACUCUUGCACAAUGUUCUCUCUUGUGUGUAAGUGAUUGAUUGAGAUAUGGAAAAGGGGAGGGUAGUUCAUUAUGAAAGACAAAAUUGGAGAGAUGACUUGAGAUCAAAUCA